UCCCAAUUGCAAAGCCUAGUCACUCUCAUGUUUCAACUUUGUUUUUGGGUUAGGGGUGUAAAAGAGGGAUGGAUGUUCCCUGUCUUGGCUCAUGAUGCUUCAUGUGCUGUUUUUGUACAUUUAUUGCAAGGGGAGACUUUUGAACCCUUGCAAUCCCCAACCCCUAAAGCUUCCACUUUUACUCUAUCCUUUAUAACUGCUUCUUCAUCUUCUCUCAUACCAUUCCCUCUUUACUCUUUUGCCACCCUAUUUCCUCCUCCAAGAUCUAUUUCACCAACUUUUCUAUUCAAUAAACAACCUGUUAUGCUUUUUUCUUAUCUCAUUUUUCUCUAUACUUCCACUAACUUUGUCAUCUCACACUCCCUUCUUGUCUCUCUGAUCUUUUGUAUAUUAUCUUGUUCAUCAUGACCACCCUUUUGAAAUUGUUGUCUCUUUUGGUGUUUCUUCUGAUCCCAGUUUCAUCCCAGGUUGAGCAGCUUCUCUAUGCUGGAUUCAAGGAUGUGGGUGCUAGCAACCUGACAUUGAAUGGGGUGGCUGAGAUAGAGAAAAAUGGAAUACUCAAAUUGACUAAUGAAACCAGCAGGUUAAUGGGUCAUGCCUUUUACCCAUCUCCUUUUCAGAUGAAGAACUCCACCACCGGUAAAGUUGUUUCCUUUUCUUCCUCGUUUGCUCUGGCUAUUGUUCCUGAGUACCCCAAGCUAGGUGGCCAUGGCUUGGCUUUCACAAUAGCAACUUCCAAGGAUCUCAAGGCUCUACCUAGCCAGUACCUUGGCCUUCUUAAUUCCAGUGAUAAUGGCAACAUCUCCAACCAUAUCUUUGCUGUUGAGUUUGACACUGUGCAAGACUUUGAGUUUGGGGAUAUUAAUGAUAACCAUGUUGGAAUAGACAUCAAUAGCAUGCAGUCCAAUAAAUCUGCUAAUGUUAGUGUGGUGGGUCUCAAUCUCAAAGGUGGGAAACCGAUUCUGGCUUGGGUUGAUUAUGAUUCUGAAUUAAGUGUUAUCAGUGUUGUACUUUCCCCAAAUUCAUCCAAACCCAACACUCCAAUCUUGUCCUUUAAUGUGGAUCUCGCACCCGUUUUUCAUGACACUAUGUAUGUUGGGUUCUCUGCAUCAACGGGUUUGCUUGCCAGCUCCCAUUACAUCUUGGGUUGGAGCUUCAAAAUCAAUGGACCAGCACCACCCCUUGAUCUCUCUUCUCUCCCGAUGCUUCCACAGCCAAAGAAAAAGCAGACAUCUUUGAUAGUUGGGGUUUCAGUCUCAGUUGCUGUUAUUGUGUUAUUAGCCAUCGCCAUUGGCAUUUACUUUUACAGAAAAAUGAGGAACGCCGAUGUGAUUGAAGCAUGGGAGCUUGAAAUCGGGCCACAUAGGUACUCCUACCAAGAGCUCAAGAAGGCCACCAGAGGCUUCAAGGAUAAAGAACUCCUUGGGCAGGGUGGUUUUGGCAGAGUUUACAAAGGAACAUUGCCAAACUCCAAGAUCCAAGUAGCCGUCAAGCGAGUUUCUCACGAAUCUAAGCAGGGACUGAGGGAAUUCGUGUCGGAAAUUGCCAGCAUAGGCCGGCUUCGCCACCGGAAUUUGGUUCAAUUACUGGGAUGGUGCCGCCGCCGUGGCGACCUCCUGCUUGUGUAUGAUUUCAUGGCCAAUGGGAGCUUGGACAAGUACUUGUUUGAUGAUCCAAAGAUGGUCCUAAGUUGGGAACACAGGUUCAAGAUCAUAAAGGAUGUUGCUUCAGCUCUUCUGUAUCUACAUGAGGGGUAUGAGCAGGUGGUGAUACACAGAGAUGUGAAGGCCAGCAAUGUUCUGCUGGAUUUUGAGCUUAAUGGAAGACUAGGUGAUUUUGGGUUGGCAAGAUUGUAUGAACAUGGGGCUAACCCAAGCACCACAAGAGUGGUGGGAACAUUAGGCUAUCUGGCUCCUGAGUUGCCUAGAACAGGAAAGGCAACUACAAGCUCUGAUGUUUUUGCAUUUGGGGCACUUCUGCUUGAGGUGGCUUGUGGGCGCAGGCCAAUUGAGCCUAAGGCAUUGCCAGAAGAGUUGGUUUUGGUGGAUUGGGUGUGGGACAAGUACAAACAAGGGAGAAUACUCGAUGUGGUGGACCCAAAACUAAAUGGAAAUUUUGAUGAGAAAGAGGUGUUGGUGGUGUUGAAAUUGGGGUUGUUGUGCUCAAAUGAUGUGCCUGCUGCUAGGCCUAGCAUGAGGCAAGUGAUGAGGCAUUUAGAUGGGGAAGUUGAAGUGCCGGAGGACUUGAAAAAACCAGGAGAUAUAAGUCAGCAGGAGGGGUUUGAUGAGUUCUUGCACUCACUUGCAUCUUCUUCCUUUGACAAGAUGAGUUCAGGCUCUAAUUUUGGAAACAGAGACAUGGAUAGUUUUCUCUCUUUUGCUAAUUCACCUCAUUCCCUUCUCCACAGAGGAGAAACAAGGUGAUUCUGAGCAGAGAUAUACUUUCUUUACUAAUCUUUUCUCACUUGAGAAAUUUCGUGUGUUUUUAGUUCCCAUAUGCAAGUCUCAUUAUAGAAAGAUUAUGGAUAUGAUGAAAUGAAAUGGUAAAAUCUGUGACUCACUGUUCUUUUGA